AUGGGGCAGGCCCGGCAGGGUGAGGAGGUUAAGACCAGAGAAGAUCCAAAAGUGGACAUUCAGGAGAGAGGAGAGAUUUUCUUCUUCUACAGAGUAAAGGUUAACAAGGAGGAAGCACACGGUCCGAAUGACGUUCAGAGGUUGUACAUUGUGCUGCGCCCUGAGUCUGGCGAGAAGCAAGUGGAGAUCAAACAAGCUUCGGAUUCCGGUAAAGAAGGUCAGAUGAAAGCUAGCAAACAAUACUCAAGCAACCAAGACCAAGACCAAAACCAAGGUGGCCAUGGCACCACUGAGGUGAAUAUAGAGAAGCAGGCAUUGCUCAGACUCAUAGUAAUGGGGAAGAAGAGUUUACCAGAUCCAAGCCAGAGAAGCACACCAUACUGGGGUUAUGUUGAGCUGAUCACUACUGACGUUAAAGACAUCAAGACAUCUUUGAAAGGAGAGGAAUAUGAGACGGCCACCCGAGGACAGAGGCACAAACCUGCUUCAAGAGCAGCUGGAGAAGGCGUGUACCGUAUUCUAAAGCACGAGUCAGGGAGGAAAACACACACCCAUCUAAUUUACAAGAUGGGAUUGCCUUCAGCGGACAAAAAGAAUGAGCCACAGGAGGCACUCAACAUUGAACGCGAAGGAUCAUAUGUUGGGGUUGGGGCGUGACAAUAUGUGUUGCAGAUCAAGAACCCGGAUCAGGCAGCUGGUCACACUCAAUUUCAAGGACUCCAGAGCAAGCGCCGUGCAGCUUUCCCUGCUCAGCUUCAAGCUCAACUGGGCCACAGGAGGUUCGCUCCAGCUGAUCCACCGGACUUGUUGAACUAUGAAGGUUGUGAGCUUUUACUUAUAUCGGCUUCCGAUGACGUAGAUCGAGAGCUGGGAGUGGAGCUCAGAGCUGAGGACCCGUCGGAGGGGACGUGCUCAGGCUUGAUCAACAUGUUUGGUGACGACGACGUGACUACACCUCUUAAGCCGCUUCUCACUGGGACGUGGGACUGA